GAAACCUUGGACAGCAUGGAGGAGCUUCUUUUACCCAAUGCGGAGGAGGAGGCGCGCUCCGACCACAGCACGUACGUUACGGGAGACGCGGGAAGGACGAUGGGGGACCGGGUGAAGACUGGCCUCAAGAAACCGCUGAACCUCCUAAAUGCCGUGAAGGAUUUCCUGUUGAGGAACGGGCUGCUGACGCUGUCGGUGGUGGCCGUGGUCGGCGGCUGCACCAUGGGCUUCCUGCUGAGGGGAACCCAGCUGUCCACACAGGCGAAGAUCUACUUCUCUUUUCCUGGAGAGCUGCUGAUGAGGAUGCUGAAGAUGCUCAUCCUUCCUCUCAUCACAUCCAGUUUGAUGUCAGGUCUCUCCUCCAUGGAGUCCAAGGCGUGCUGCAGGAUGGGGGUCCUGACGGUCACCUACUACCUGUGGACCACCUUCAUCGCCGUGGUGGUCGGCAUCGUGCUCGUCAUCAUCAUCAAACCCGGCGUGGGAACGGACAUGGAGAGCCACCGGCUGGGGGGAGGGCCCGUGAUGACCUCGGCCGACGCCUUGAUCGACCUCAUCCGGAACAUGGUUCCCUCUAAUCUGAUUGAGGCCACGUUUCAGCAGUACAAAACGGACCUGAUUCCCAUCCUCAAAGUCCCAACCAGAACCGUGCAGCCCAACUUCGUCUACGUCUUCCCAGAUGAGAAUGACCCUAAAGGUCGGACAGUGUACCUUGAGCUGACCCCGCCUCCAGAUGUCACGUACAAAACGAGUCCUGGCACCAGCCAACAGAUGAACGUCCUGGGCAUCGUCAUCUUCUCCGCCACCAUGGGCUUGUUGCUGGGCAGGAUGGGGGAGCGAGGAGCUCCACUGGUCAACGUCUGCCAGUGUAUCAACGAGUGUGUCAUGAAGAUCAUCAACGCUGCUGUGUGGUACUUCCCAUUUGGAAUCGUCUUCCUGGUGGCGGGUAAGAUCCUGGACAUGCAAGACCCAAGCACGCUGGGGAAGAAGCUGGGCUGGUAUGGCAUCACCGUGCUCGCUGGCCUCUUUGUCCAUGGACUUAUCCUCCUCCCUUUCUUCUACUUUGUCCUCACCAAGAAGAACCCCUUUACCUACAUCCGCGGGCUGCUGCAGGCCAUGGUGAUCGCCCUGGCAACCUCCUCCAGCUCUGCCACGCUUCCAAUCACCAUGAAGUGUUUGUUGGAAAACUGCCAUGUGGACCGACAAAUUGCUCGCUUCGUCCUACCCGUGGGGGCUACAAUCAACAUGGAUGGGACGGCACUGUACGAGGCUGUGGCGGCCAUCUUCAUUGCUCAGGUUAAUGACUAUGAGCUGGACUUCGGCCAGUUGGUCACCAUCAGCAUCACGGCCACAGCUGCCAGCAUCGGUGCAGCAGGGAUCCCUCAGGCUGGUCUGGUUACCAUGGUGAUUGUACUGACAUCAGUAGGCCUGCCCCCAGAUGACAUCACACUCAUCGUGGCCAUCGACUGGAUUCUUGACAGGUUUCGAACCAUGAUCAACGUUCUGGGCGACGCUCUGGCAGCGGGAAUCAUCGCCCACCUCUGUCGGAAAGAUUUCCCCCUCAGUGGAGCAGGAAAGGCUGGGCCAUCUUAUGGUACGCAGAAUCCUCACGCUCAUAACAGUGUAGAAGUGCCAAUGACAGAGAUCCACACACACAAAGACUGUAUGUUUGAUACGACGGGCGACUCAGUCGGCGAGAGGCACGCACACACCGUUUACUAUAACAUCUGUCAGGUGUGA